AUGUCGUCCUUUGAGUCUGUUGUUGUCAUCGAUGGCAAGGGCCACCUUCUCGGUCGUCUGGCCUCGAUCGUUGCCAAGCAGCUUUUGAACGGCCAGAAGAUCGUUGUCGUCCGCUGCGAGGCCCUCAACAUCUCCGGCGAGUUCUUCCGCGCCAAGCUCAAGUACCACGCCUACCUGCGCAAGAUGACCCGUUACAACCCGACUCGCGGUGGUCCCUUCCACUUCCGCGCCCCGUCGAGAGUCUUCUACAAGGCCGUCCGUGGCAUGAUUCCCCACAAGACCGCCCGCGGUGCCGCCGCUCUGGAGAGACUCAAGGUCUUCGAGGGUGUCCCUCCCCCCUACGACAAGCAGAAGAAGAUGGUCGUUCCCCAGGCCCUCCGUGUCCUGAGACUGCAGCCCGGCCGCAAGUACUGCACAGUCGGUCGUCUCAGCCACGAGGUUGGCUGGAAGUACCAGGACGUUGUUGAGAGACUCGAGGAGCGCCGCAAGGCCAAGGGCGCCGCAUACUACGAGCGCAAGAAGUUGGCGCAGCGACAACUGUCUGACGCCAAGAAGAACGCCAAGGUCGACAGCAAGACAAGCGAGGCCCUCGCCGGCUUCGGUUACUAA